AGUUAUAUUUGCCUUUUACGCAUCUCCUUCUUCUUCAAAUCAAAGAAAGAAAAAGGAAAACCCAAAAUCAUAACAUCUCGUGCUUUGACACUUCAGAUAGAUUUGUAAUUGAAAAAUUGGUAGGUAAGAAAUGAGUAAUUUGAGAACAACAAUAAUACUAUGUAGACCACAACAUCAUCAUCAUCAUCAUCGUGCCGUCGUAACAACAUGUUGCAACUGUUGUAGUUACAACAAUAAUAACAACAGGUUUGGAAGUCGAACGUUUGUCAGUAAUAAGAUGGUUCCAAAACAACAGCCUAGAUUGUUUUCUUUUUCACCCUCAUCAAUUCUUGCCCCAAAAAUGGAAACAUUGUUUAUGUGGGGUAGUGAUAGAUAUAGUCAUCAACAACAAAGAAGGAAAAUGGUAGUUAGAGCAGCAGCUGCUAAUUGGACUGAUGAUAAUAAAUCACCUUAUGCUACUCUUGAGGUGGAGGGCGAUGCUGAUGAUGAGCAAAUAAAGUUGGCUUAUAGACGUCUAGCCAAGUUUUAUCACCCUGAUGUUUAUGAUGGCAGAGGUUCUCUGGAGGAAGGGGAAACUGCUGAAGCUCGUUUCAUCAAGAUUCAAGCAGCCUAUGAGUUGCUCAUAGACAGUGAUGAGCGGAGGAAGUAUGAUAUGGAAAACCGGGUUAAUCCAAUGAAGGCAUCUCAAGCAUGGAUGGAAUGGCUAAUGAAAAAACGUAAGGCUUUUGAUCAGCGGGGUGAUAUGGCUAUUGCUGCUUGGGCUGAACAACAGCAACGAGAGUUGAAUAUACGUGUACGGCGUAUGUCACGUUCAAAGAUUGACCCUGAUGAGGAAAGAAGAAUCCUUGCAAAAGAGAAGAAGGCGUCAAUGGAGAAUUACAACAAUACUUUAAAGAGGCAUACGCUUGUGUUGAGGAAAAGAGAUUUGAUGAGAAAGAAAGCAGCUGAAGAGAGUAAAAAACUUAUAAUUAAUAAACUCCUUGCAGCAGAAGGUCUCGAGCUCGCAUCUGAUGAAGAUGAUGCACCAUCAUCAUAGGCGAUAUUGUGAUUCCUUCUUCCAGUGUUCUGUUGAAUAUAUAUAGGGUGUAUAUUGAUUGAGGGUAUAUAACUAUAUAUUGUUGUAUUACUAGACAAUAUGUAUAUAUGGCUUUCUGAGUACACAAUACAAGUUUUAUGCAUCUUCAACA